AUGACAGCAGUUCAGGACCUGAAUAAUUGGUGGUCACAAUACUCAGUGGAAAGUGAUGCGUUAUUGAACGUUAUGGUUGAGUUGGACGAAAUAGAUCAAUUUUCUCCAGAAGCUGAUGCUACUGUCUACCCCUUGGUGGUAGAAAUCAAAUCAAUCGUCAAUAAUUCUGAGCAGGAAGCCUCAAAAUCAUCUAAAGACUCUCGACCAGUUACACAGAUCAGUGAUACUGCAUUAAUUGCAAAUCCAGCUGAAGAUCAUCAGUCGGUUACACAAACUAGUAACGCAGCCAUGCUUCCAAACACAGUCUCCGUUAUAGAAACACAGUCGUCAUCUAGUGUAAGUGGUUCUCCGACUUCAGAUGCCUCCUUCCGUCCUCAAGUAUCAAUGCGCCUUCCUGAAAUCCCUCUGCCAAAAUUCGACGGUGAUCUCCGUUCGUGGCCAGACUUCCGGGACUGCUUUGUUGAUCUUGUAAUCCGCAACACGGACAUUGAUUCAGACAGCACCAGAUUUUACUAUUUACUUGGGUGCCUUCAAGCUGAUGCGGGUGAAGUACUAAAAGGGAUUCCAGUGACCAAAGACACCUUCCAGUUGGCUUGGAACACAUUAGUAAAGUCAUACGAUAAACCAAGAAAACUGGCCUCCUCAAUCAUUGAGGGUUUUUUGGUUGCGCCCGUAUCCACUUCAGAAUCGCUGGUGGAUCUCAAACGUUUUUUGAGUGUAUUUGAUGAAGGACUAGCAAUAUUGGAAUCGUUGCACUUGCCAGACCUGGGUUCGUUCCUGCUGUUUACCAUUGCUUCAAAAUUCCUUCCUCUACUAUACUACAUUCGAUAA